CAAAAUGGAACGAGCGGUUGAACGAGUGGCAAAUCGAGGAUUCGUCAAAGAAGUCCGAGCGAAUGGCCACGGUUGUUCCUUUGCCCGGAGCUUCUUCUUCGGCCCUGGCUUCGAGGAGAAGUUCUCAGUCCUCUACUAUUGUUCGGACGACGCCUUUGCUUAAAAGGGCGACGAGGCGUUUCUCCUCUGCGCUGGUGUUUAUGGGGUGGAGGGGUGGAUGGGCGCCUAUUGGUCGCCGGAAUGUUGCUGUCUGUGCUGCUUCUUCUUCGUCAAAUUUUCCUCCUUCCACCCUCCCCGCAGCGCUGCUUUUUGACUGUGACGGCGUGCUUGUGGACACCGAGAAGGAUGGACAUCGCAUUUCAUUCAAUGAAACCUUCGACGAGAAGGAGCUGGGUGUUACAUGGGAUGUAGACCUAUAUGGUGAAUUGUUGAAGAUUGGUGGUGGCAAGGAGAGAAUGACAGCUUACUUCAACCAGGUCGGUUGGCCAGAAAAAGCACCUAAAACUGAGGAGCAAAGAGUAGGUUUCGUAGCUUCCCUUCACAAACGGAAGACAGAACUGUUUAUGGCUCUCAUUGAGAAGAAGCUGCUCCCUCUGCGACCUGGUGUUGAAAGGCUCAUUGAUGAUGCUUUGGCUAAAGGGGUAAAAGUUGCUGUUUGCAGUACAUCAAACGAGAAGGCGGUGUCAGCCAUAGUUUCCUUCUUGCUCGGGUCUGAGAGAGCAGAUAAGAUAAAAAUCUUUGCUGGAGAUGUGGUUCCUCGAAAAAAGCCUGAUCCGGCUAUUUAUUUGUUAGCAGCCAAUACUUUUGGCAUUGAGCCAUCAAGUUGUGUCGUGGUGGAGGACAGCGCCAUUGGUCUUGCAGCAGCAAAAUCUGCUGGUAUGAAAUGCAUAAUUACGAAGAGUGGGUACACGGCUGAAGAGGACUUCAUAGACGCAGAUGCAAUAUUUGAUUGCAUUGGAGACCCUCCCAAGCAGCAUUUCGACCUGGAAUUUUGUGCUAACCUUCUCAAGAAGCAGUAUGUCAGCUGACGGAAUGAUACUAUAAUGCUUCUUUGAUGAAAAACAGUUUUGUUUUAAGAAAAUGAAAACAAAAAAAAUUUUGAGAAAUGGAAAUGUUGUUAAUGUA